AUGACCCUAAAGAGGUCCUCUCUUUACCUAUCGGCACUACAAACUAGUGACGGCCAUUGGCCUGCUCAUAUUUCUGGUUCCCACUUUUUCACUCCUACAAUGAUAAUUUCUAUCUACAUAAGUGGACAACUUGAUUCUAUACUUGCAGAAGAAUAUCGUAAAGAAAUUCUUCGGUACUUAUAUUGUCACCAGAACAAAGAUGGGGGGUGGGGAUUACAUAUAGAGGGACCUAGCACCAUGUUUGGUACGACACUGAAUUAUGUAUGCAUGCGAAUUCUUGGAGAAGGACCUAAUGGAGGUCAAAACAAUGCUUGUGCUAGAGCAAGAAAGUGGAUUCAUGAUCAUGGUAGCGUAACACAUGUACCUUCAUGGGGAAAAUUUUGGCUUUCGGUACUUGGCAUCGUUGAUUGGAGUGGAUGCAACCCAAUGCCCCCUGAGUUUUGGAUCCUUCCUACUUUUCUCCCCAUGCAUCCGGCUAAAAUGUGGUAUUAUUGCCGAGCUGUAUACAUGUCCAUGUCUUAUUUAUAUGGAAAGAAAUUUGUGUGUCCAAAAACAACAUUAAUCACAAGUCUGAGAGAAGAACUGUUUCCUGAACCUUACGAUGAAAGCACUUGGAAGAAAGCACGUCACACAUGCGCAAAGGAAGAUCUUUAUUAUCCCCAUAAUUGGAUACAAGAUUUCAUAUGGGAUAGCACUCAUCUAUUCACUGAGCCACUUCUUACACGUUGGCCUUUGAAUAAGUUGGUUAGAGAAAAGGCACUUCAAGCAGCAAUGGAGCAUCUUCAUUAUGAAGAUGAAAAUACUCGAUAUAUAACUGGAGGGUGUUUGAACAAGGCUUUAUCUAUGCUUGCUUGUUGGGCAGAAGAUCCAAAUGGAGAUGCUUUCAAGAAGCACGUUGCAAGGAUCCCAGAUUAUUUAUGGCUUUCAGAAGAUGGAAUGUGUAUACAGGGACUUAGUACACAGUCAUGGGAUGCUGGUUUAAUUGUUCAAGCUUUGGUUGCUACUAACCUAAUUGAUGAUCUUGGUCCCACACUUGCAAAAGCACAUGAUUUUAUCAAGAAAUCUCAGGUCGUAGAAAAUCGUUCAGGAGAUUUUAAGAGCAGGUUUCAUCACAUUUCAAAAGGUUCAUGGACCUUAGCUGACAGAGACCAUGCAUUACAAAUUUCUGACGGCACUGCAGAAUGUCUGAAGUGUUGUUUACUUUUAUCAACGUUACCCCCAGAGAUUGUGGGAGAAAAAAUGGAACCUGAAAGGUUAUAUGACUCAGUCAAUUUUAUACUGUCACUUCAGGGUAAAAAAGGAGGUGUUAGUGUGUGGGAGCCAGCAAAAGCUCAGAAAUGGUUGGAACUACUGAAUCCCGCGGAAUUUCUUGCUGAUAUAGUAAUCGAGCACGAGUAUAUUGAGUGUACUGGAUCAUCAAUUCAGGCGUUAACAUUGUUCAGAAAACUAUAUCCAGAGCAUAGAAAGGAAGAGAUAGAGAAUUUCAUUGUGAAAGCAGCAAAAUUCAUUGAAGAUGAACAAUUACCAAAUGGUUCUUGGCAUGGGAACUGGUCAAUUUGCUUCACGAGUUCUUCCUGGUUCGCACUUGGAGGUCUAGCUGCUGCUGGCAAGACUUACACCAAUUGUGCUGCCAUUCGUAAAGCUGUAAAAUUUCUACUCGAUAUACAAAAUGAUGAUGGUGGGUGGGGAGAGAGUUUUCUAUCAUGCCCAGAGAUGGUGUACGUGCCUCUUGAAGGAAAUCGAUCAAAUAUUACACAAACAGCUUGGACUCUGAUGGCUUUGAUUCAUGGUGGCCAGGCUAAGAAAGAUCCAACACCCCUUCACCGUGCUGCAAAGUUAAUCAUCAAUUCUCAGUUAGAUGAUGGGGAUUGGCCUCAAGAAGAAGCAUUGGGGAUGUACAAGAGAACCUGCAUCCUUCAUUACCCAUUCUAUAGAAUUGUUUUUCCAACCUGGGCUUUGACUGAAUAUCGUACUCAUCUUUUAGUACCUUCCACUUCUGCUUAA